AACGGACGUUUUCCUUACCUGGAUGUGAGAUGUCUUGAAGUCUAUGGACCCGAAGCAGUGUGGUUCUCACAGGCAUGCGCAGUGCAUCCAAACCCGGUUACGGUCCGCUUCUGUGAGCAUGCAGAGGGACUCAGACGCAGUAGUUCUUCAUAGCCCGAGAUGCAUCUACAAUCUCCGAAUAGUUUACUUUAAGCAGCUUGUGCUGGCCUAUUUGGCCCUAAAGUGUGUUGGUAAGACGAGAGCAGCCAUGUCACAUAAGUGAAAUCCAACGUACUGUAAGCAGUGGGCCAUGCAUGUUGCACUGCGGCCACGCAGUGGUUGUCUGGUGCUCUGUCUGUGCCUGUCUGUGUUCAGCCUGCUGCUACAGAGCCUCUGGAUGCCACUAGAGAUGGCCAGGGAUGAACCCUCUGGGAGGUCACCUGAGGAACAAGAUCAGCAUGGUCUUCGCUUUCGUAGACUGGCUCUUCGCUUGGAGGCUUUGAGUACUCAGGUGCAGAGGAUGAGCAAAGAGAGAGAUGCAACCCAGCUGACCAGAGAUGAUCUCCAUCUGUUACUGCAACGCUUUAGACAGGACGAGCAAGGCUUAGCCCGCUUGGUAGAAAGGGAGCUGAAGAGAGUGUCUCAGAGGCUUGACCAGCUCAGCCGUCCCCAUCACCAUCAGUCUCAUACACAGUCACCACACGACGACUUCAAACUACACACAGGGCCCAAUGAGAAGUGUGAGGUGCCAAUGGAUCCUACAUAUCCGGUGUGUGCGGAGAAAGUGGAGUUUCUACGGACCCGGUGGCAGUCAGACCCCUGUUAUGCCUUUUAUGGGGUGGAUGGCACCACUUGCUCCAUAUUAACUUACCUUAGCCAAAUAGAAGGCUUUUGUCCUCCUCGUCUUAGAAGAAACCACUCUGCGCUGCCGUGGCACCAGAAACCUCACACUUACACAGAGAAGGCUGAGAUACGUACAACUCUGAGCCCACUCUAUGAGAUCAUUAGCAACAACAGUGGUCCUGCCAUAAACUUCAUCCGGUCCAGAGUCGAAAGGAUGUCUGAACGGUGGAAACGGGCUGGUCUGAGGAUGAGGCAGAGCAACAACAAAACAAUGUCAACCCAGAUGAGGGUGCUGCUUUAUCCCGGUGCCCUGGCUGGGAGUAUUGGCCAGAGUUUUGAAGCCAUGGUGGAGACGGGGGGUCCUCUCGGGGAGCUGGUCCAGUGGGCUGACCUCAGUGCCUGUCUGACAAUCCUGGGCCACAACCUAACCUUCAGCACGUCACAGCACCAACUCCACAGCCUCAUAGGUGCUGCUCCAGGCCGAGGCAGUUGUCCAAUCCAGAGGCCCCUGAUGUUUGACCUCAUCUAUACUGACUACCAUGGCCUUGCUCACCUUCAAGGUGCCAUGGGACUUGCUUUCCUGCAUUACCGGUGUCGCUUCAGAAUAUUGGACUCUUUUGGCACUGAACCAGUGUUUAACUUGGGGAGUUAUGCACAUAGCCAUGGGUAUAAAACCCUGUGGGGCAGCUGGCGUCUGCAACCUCUGCAGUACAUGACCAUGUUCCCUCAUACUCCUGAUAAUUCCUUCCUGGGCUUCGUGAGCGAGGAGGAAGUGAGGGGGAAGGUAAGGGAGGAAGAGCUGGAGCCGUAUACCUACAGGAAAGAAAGGAUAGCAGUUGUCUAUGGCAAACAGGACUACAUGUGGCAGGGUAAAUCUGAGUAUGUGGGGGUGAUCAGUGAAGAACUGGAGACCCAUGCUACAGUCUACCAGCCUCCAGGACACGCCUCUAAUCUGCCCGGCUUCAUCAGAAACCACGGCUUGCUGACUCAGGAACGCUUCCUACGACUUCUUCGCAGAGCCAAGGUGUUUGUAGGACUUGGGUUCCCCUUUGAGGGUCCAGCUCCUAUUGAGGCAAUAGCUCUGGGCUGUGUCUUCAUUCAGCCACGAUUUGACCCACCACACUCAUCGGACAACAAUAAAUUCUACAAAGGCAAGCCCACCACAAGACAGAUCUCCUCCCAGCACCCGUAUGCUGAAAGAUACAUUGGCAAACCCCACGUGUGGACAGUAGAUGUGACCAACAAGACUGAUGUACAAGAGGCAGUCCGAGCCAUUCAACGCACAGAGGUGACGCCUUUCACUCCUCGAGAGUUCACGUGUGAGGGAAUGCUGGAGAGAGUUCAUGGUUAUGUCACUCACCAGAAUUUUUGCAGUAAAUCUGCCCCUACUUGGCCGCCAGAAAGUGCUCUAAGGGUACACCUGGGCCCCCUGGGUCAGUCAUGUGUCAGUGUGUGUCAAAAAUCUUCCCACGUGUGUGAGCCCGCUCUGUUUCACCACCUGAACAGUCCUGCUGCAUUCACUAGACUCGGGAUAGGCUGCUCCAGCAUGGGGCAGGAAGUCAAUCACCUGUUUCCUUCCUACAGCCCUUGGGGUCAGCACUGUGGCCUUCAGCAGGAGCCUCUGUUGUUCAGUUGUGCUGGCUCGGAUCCUUCUCACCGCAGACUGUGUCCUUGUAGAGCUCACCUACCUGGACAGGUGGCACUGUGCCCUGAUUGCCUGUAAAUAACAUGGCAAAAGAACUCAGGAAAUAGCGUGAAAAAGGUAAAAAGAUGAAGACAGCACCAAAGAGCCAUCUGCAAUGCAUACUGUAUAGGUAAAGAAUUGAUCUCGAUCAAAAAGAGCCAGCUGUCCUGCCAGUGCUUUCAAAAGCUUUGUGGUCUUGUUUGUGGAUGCCGAAAGGUCAAGUAUCUGCUCUAUGUUAUUCUGAAGUGCCCAUUUAUACAAGUUGAAAAUCAACCAUUUUCAGUGCUCCAAGUAAUCUGAAGGAAUCAUCUUAGUCAGCAACCUUGGCAAUUAGUGUUUCAUAACAAUUUUAGUUAAUAUAUCACAAACACAUUGAGUAAUGGGUGUUUGUCCCUAAGGAAAUGGACAUCAGUGGUUGACAAUUAAUGAAUAAGUGAUAGAGAAGUUGUGCCAAGUGGGUAAAGUUUAUUCAUGUCAAAUGUGAAAUAUGGCCGGGUGCAUUAACUUGCUAGAUUUGGCCAAUGCAAUUGUUAUGGACUCAUGACAGUCAUUACUCAGGAACCAAAACUUAAUGAUGUCAUGUCAUAAGUACUUCAACUGUUGAAGGAUGAUGAAUUCAAAGUGGUAUCUCAAAGUGUGAAAUAAAAAACAAACUCUUGUUU